GAGAGGACAUCAUGAUAUUCUUACUGGUGACCAUUCUGCUCCACGGGGCGUCAGCUAUUCCGGCCACAACCCUGGACCCCUGCUCUGCUUACGUCAGCCUGAACGAGCCCUGGAGGAACACAGACUACCACAUCAACCAGUCCUCCGGCGUGCCUCUGUGUGAUAGCCACGUGUCAGGAGACUGGUACCGCUUCACCGGCAUGGCCGGCGACGCCAUGCCCACCUUCUGCAUCUCUGAGAACUACUGCGGCACCCACGCACCCAUCUGGCUCAACGGCAGCCACCCCCAACCCGUCGACGGCAUCGUCACCCUGCCGAUCUGCGCCAGCUUCAACGACAACUGCUGCCACUGGACUGCCAGUGUGGCUGUGAAGGCCUGCAUGGGGGGCUACUACGUCUACCGUCUGCCCAAACCCUCGGUCUGCUUCCACGUUUACUGCGGUCAUUUCUACGACAUCUGUGAUGAGGUGGAGUGUCGGGGCCCCCAGUGUCCUGAGCCCGAGUGCCACUGCACCCCUGGAACCGUGCUAGGACCCGACGGACAGACCUGCUUGGAUGUCAACGAGUGCGAGAGGGACAACGGGGACUGUGCGGAGGUGUGCGUCAACACCAAAGGCUCCAGGCGUUGUGACUGCGGGCCCGGCCGCGUGCUCGACGAGGACGGACGCAAUUGCCGAGAGAUGGCAGGCUGCCACGUGAACAACGGCGGCUGCAGCCACGGCUGCUCCAUGCUCAACAACACCUACCAGUGCAACUGUCCCCGCGGGCUGGAGCUGGGAGAGAAUAAACACACGUGCCAGGUGCCCGUCCAGUGUGACUCCAGCUCCAUCACGGUGUCAAUCUCUAAGGACUUGGUGGGAGGGCUGGACCUGUUCCUAUCCAACUCCUCAUGCCGUGGUAUCUCCAAUGGCACACACAUCAACCUCAGCUUCAGCCUCAAGACCUGCGGCACAGUGGUGGAGGUGACAGACGACAAGAUAGUGGGGACCAACCUGGUGACGGGCCUCCCCAGGAGCAGCUUGGGCAGCAGCGGGGAUGUGAUCAUCCGCACCAGCAAGCUGCUGCUCCCAGUCACCUGCGAGUUCCCCAGGGAGUACCAGGUGUCCGACGGCUACCAGGCCAGCCUGCGCAACUCCGCCCUGGAGCUGGCAGGCCACAGCGAGGGCAUCUUCCCCUUCUCCCUGGAGCUCUUCAAGAGCGACGAGUUCUCCGAGCCCUACCGCGCUCCACCCCAGCUCCGCCUGCACGACUCCCUCUUCUUCGGUGUGGAGCCCAAGGAGAGGGUGGAGGGUCUCGCCGCUCUGGUGGAGAGCUGCUUUGCCACGCCAAGCCCCAAAGCGGACCAGGCGCUCAAGUAUUACCUCAUCAGAGACGGCUGCAUCUCGGACGAAACAGUGAAGCAGUUCUCCUCAAAGGACCAACUCUCCAAACACUACCAGGUCCCUGUCUUCAAGUUCAUCGGCAAGGACAACCGAGAAGUGUUCCUCCACUGUCGGGUGCUGGUGUGUGGGGCGGCAGACUCCCGCUGUGCCCCCCAGCGCUGCCGGGGGCGCGUGCGUCGGGAGCUGUGGUCCGAUGAGCCCCAGGACCGACGUGUGCUGAGCGGCGGCCCCAUCUACAUCCUGCCUGAUCCGUGACAUCAGAAUUCAGCCAUCAUCACAAACACUCCAAAAAAAACCCCAAAACAAAACAGAUACACACAGCUUACUAGGCAUCACACACCACCGGGGGCCACGCCGGCUUGUCGAGCUUAACUGUA